AAUCAGGAAAAAUAGAAGUGCUGAUUCCCGUGGGCUAUUGUUGUUAUGUGCCGGAUGAUGCAUUUUCAGUGAUGAGGGUAAAUUUUCACCGGAGAAGUGGUUGGAGCAUCGCUGGAUUUGCGAGGGUGUGGAGAGUCGAUCGAACGCAAACACGCAGCGAAAAGAGAAGUUGAAGGUGGAGGCGUUGGAGGGUGAUGCAACGGUACUUUCGCCGCAGAGACGGGGCUUUUCUUUGGGAUGUCGUGCUGCAUCGCCAAAGAACGAAGGAGAAGUGGAAAAGUACAGUGCGAAUAAGGCGAAUUGGCGAAGCGGUGCUGGCUUUCAACUUAAGAAUUCAGGAGUCGAGCACAAAGCAUCAUUAUCGAAGGGCGCAGGUGGCGGCAGUUUAGCAGGUAACGGUGCUGAGCACUCAUCGGCGAAAGCACGAAUGCAUAAUAAUAAUAACAGCCUGCCUGGAGGCUGGCGCUCGAAUGAUCCAUCGUUCAAGUCAAAUCAUCAAAAAGAAGGCGGCGGCGGCGGCUAUAAAAACAAAGCAUCGGGAAGUGCAAUGGAUGAAAAAAUCCCGGAAUGGCUGAACGAUGGUCCAAAAUCGAUGCAUGAUAUGAUCGAACUGCGCGGUUUCGACGAGGACAGCUCCAAGAACACUAAAUGUGAGUUAAAUUUCUAGCG